AUGAAUUGCUCUGAAUUUACUUUUCUUGACUCAUUGCUUUCAGUUAACGCUUCAUUCGGCAAGGAUGAGAGCAGAGACUUGUUCCUACACCAAAACGGUGCACUGGAGAGAACAUUACUAUUGACUAUCCAAGAGCCAACAACGAUUGCCCUUACUGCAAUGUACUCUCUGUCAUUUGUGGUGGGCUUUAUGGGGAACCUCAUGGCCAUUCGCAUGCUGACCGGCCAGAGAAGCAGGAGAGUGCAGAGUGUCAGUGCCACUCGGAGUUUACUGGUAAACCUGGCUGUCUGUGAUCUGAUGGUGGUCUGUAUCUGCAUGCCCAUCACUUUAGGACAUACCAUCUACACUGCCUGGGUGUAUGGCGAUUUUCUCUGCAGAGCGGUACCCUUCAUCCAGGCAGUGUCCGUGUCAGCCAGCGUUCUCAGCUUAACAGUCAUCAGUGUGAACAGGUAUUACAGUGUCCACAAUCCACUUAAUGCCCGUUCUUACUUUACCCAGAGGAAGCUCUAUAUUACUAUUGGGAUAGUAUGGAUCCUGAGCUCAAGCAUCUGUUCCCCGCUCCUUUUCAUGAUCAAGCUAGAUGAGAUCUGCUUGAUCAAUGUUGCAGUGCCAGUUUGCAGAGAACUGUGGCCACAGCCGAGGCUCAAGCAGGUCUAUAACGUCCUCCUGUUUAUCAUGCUGUACUGCAUACCAGUAACCUUUAACCUGACCAUUAGCUUCCUUACAGGGCGGAAGCUCUGGAGAGCAUCCCAGCAUUUUGAUGACUUUGAUCCUCACAGUCAGGUGAUGUAUGCUUCAUGUCUGAAGACACGGAAGAAAGUUGCAAAGGUGGUAUUCACCCUGGUCCUGCUUUUCGCAGUCUCCUGGCUGCCUCUAUACCUAGCAGAUAUUUUAAUUGACCACGAGAUACAUACUCCACACUGGAUACUACAUACUCGGCCAUUCACCCAAUGGCUGGGUCUUACAAAUUCCAGCCUCAACCCCAUCUGCUAUUGUUUCUUAGGAGAUCUGCACCGCUCUGCCAAGGUGAUCAAGUCCAAGUAUCACCAACGAGUGCUUUCUUUCCUCAGCACCUCAAGCUCCACCAAGCUUCCAAGGCUGCUCACUAUUAGCGAUCAAUCAUCCAGCCAGAGACAAGGCACUGGGAGUCAAAUAUCAGGGGAAACACUUACCGAUUGGUGCUCCCACACCAGCGUGGGAGAAUGCAACCAAAUACUGUCCCUGCAAAAUCUGUCUGAGGGAGUGGACUUCAAAUGUACACCUGAUUUAACUGGUCUGUAG